UAAGCCUGUUGAGGUUUCUGUGAGCCUUUCAAAGCACUGGGACAAGUGACCUGUCCAGCCAAGGCCAUCUCUCAUAAACUGACCCUUCCUCACCAAGGAGGGAGAAGAGGAUGACUGAGGAGAGAGAGUGGAUGAAAAGAAUUCAGGAAGAAAAUGUACACCUGAAAAAUCAGAUCAGGCUGCUUAAGGAAAACUAUGAAUUACGCUUAUUGUUGGGACAGCAGUGUAACAACAGCAAUCAGGUCCAGUUAUCAGCACCUCAUGUUUCUUCUACGUACCCUGACAUGGGUUCAUUGUUAAAAGGAGCUCAGUAUACUGGAAGAGAACAUUUGAAUUAUCCUCCACACCUCAUCUCCAAAGACACCACAAAUCUGUCCUGUCCCAGUGCUCAGACACAGAUGAAACGGCUCCACAAUGAUCCUACCUUUUUUCAUCCCAGAGGUGGGGAAAAGAAAGCCACACACUUGUCAAGUAUGUCGUGCUCAACCAUUGGCGGAAAACAAUUCGAAGAACCAGCCAAUAUUUCUCAAUUGAAGAAAGCUUGGGUCACAGAUGGGGCUUUUUCUGAAGGUGAAAAGGCUCAGAAUUCACUAUCGCUUACCAUUGCUCACUACAAGGCUGGAAGACUUUUAGGUCACUCACCAUCAUGGCCAGAAGAACUAGCUUCCUCAAGAAUGACUAAUGCAUCAAACAAGGAAGAUAUCCUCACACAAGCGUCCUUUCCAGAUGACCUCAAAAUAUACAAAGGAGGGUCCUCCUCAAGGAUUUCUGAAAGGCAGCCCCACCACCUUUUAAGCAGUACCCAGGAGUCUAGCAAAGAGAAAACGCAGCCAGAACCACAAGAGAUGCUUAGGAAGAAGAGAGUUUCAUUUUCAGAUGAACCCGAUUCAGACAAGUUAAAGAAGUUCCACACAUUCUACCUAAAUGAUAUAGAGCUUGCUCAAAACAAUAAGAGAAAUGGACGUAUAGUGGGAGAGAUUGCUUUUCAGUUAGACAGACGUAUCCUUGCACACGUGUUUCCUGGAAUCACACGGCUAUAUGGAUUCACAGUGUCCAAUAUUCCUGAGAAGAUCAAACAGGUCUCCAUGAAAUCUCUAGAUGGCUCUGUGGAUGAGAAAAAAUAUAGAUCCAUGACCCAGCGCUACCUAGAUCUGACUACCCGCCUGGAGAAGAUGGGCUAUCAUAAAGAAUUCCACCCUGUAUUUAGUGAAUUUCUCAUCAACACUUACGGCAUCCUAAAGCAAAGGCCUGACCUGAGCUCCAAUCCCAUGCACAACAACCCUGCUGACCUCAGGAAGGUGGUGAUUGACAUUGUCCCAUCAAAAUUCCUUGGAGAUACCUUGCUGCUGUUGAACUGUUUGUGCGAACUUUCAAAAGAAGACAACAAGGCCCUUUUUGCUUGGUAGUGCCUUCUGCCGUUCUUACCCUCAGAUGUCUAAUAGAAAGAACACACAGACACAGUAUAUAGGUAAUAAAAGGAUAUCUGCCAAAAAUGGGAGUGGAGUAGUGUGUACGCUUUUUGUAUGAAGCUGUUUCUGACUGAUCUGCUGGUUAUUCUGUUUCAUUCAUUUUGGAUAAUUGUAUUGUUUUCAAAAGUGAUAACUAUUUUUAUAUUUGAAUUGUUGUUAGCUGCUACAAG